AUGGAUGAAAUCCAGAAACAUCAGGCCGAAUUCGAGGGUAAUUUCGCUCCCCUGAAAGGUACCCUGUUGAAGCUCCGAAAAAGGCAGAACCCCUGUGAGAACUGCCUGAAGCAACAUUCCGGUGAACCUUGCCAGUCCGGCAAUUGUCGGAAAUGUAAUCUUCCUCACCACACUCGUAUGCACGAAGCACUCCAAUCAACUGCCGCUUCAACGACAGGCAACAGUACAGUGGCCACAACCAAUAUCUAUGGUUCGUCUUCGAUGUCGCAAACACAUCUCUGUCGAGCAACCGAUUUCAUGGACACCAAUGUUCUACUCCUGACCGCUACCAUCAACGUCUUUGACAAGUUUGGACGUCCACAUGCUUGUCGAGCAGUCCUUGCUUGCGCGUCCCACACAAGCUACAUCACUGAGGAUUUGUGGUCGAUUCAGUUGGCUGAUCCCCAAUUUCACCAUCCCGGAAAGGUCAGCAUCCUUCUCGGGAACAAACUCUUCUUCCAGCUGCUCGAGCCUGGAAGAAACAACCUUGGUUUGGACGACUACCUUCCCGUACUCCAGAAUACUAAAUUAGGAUGGGUGGUUUCUGGUGGCUACAAAGACUGCGACAAUCAACCUCACACUAACGCUCCUUCAUGCUUACUGACGACUCCCAAUGAUCCUCUCUCCGAUCAGCUCCGCAAGUUCUGGGAACUGGAGGAAUACACUAAUAAAUCUCCGCACUUCAACGAUGAAGAGAUCCGAUGCGAAGAGCAUUUCACGAAGCACACGAUUCGUAAUAGUACCGGAAAAUUCAUCGUUCGGCUUCCAUACUUAGACAGCCCUACUUCUCUCGGCAAAUCGAGGGAAAUUGCAGAGAAAAGACUGCUACACCUCGAGCGCAAAUUGGAAAGGAACCUUAAUUUGAAGCAACAGUACCAUUCUUUUAUGCGAGAGUACAUCGACCUCGGGCACAUGAGUCUCGCCACUACACCAGUAUCGGAGAAUUGUGUUUUCCUUCCACACCAUUGCGUCGUAAAGGAGGAUAGUUCGACGACAAAGUGCCGGGUGGUCUUCGACGCCUCAGCUAAAACAAGCAGUGGCAAGUCCCUCAACGACAUCCUCUUGGCGGGCCCUGUGUUACAGGAUUCUCUGGUCAACAUCCUUUUGCGAUUCCGGUUUCCCCCAGUUGUACUCGCCGGUGAUGUGAAACAUAGGUAUAGAAUGGUGCUUCUCUACGAUGAGGAUCGAAACUGCAUUCGAAUCUUGUGGCGCUGGUCAGAGGACAAGCCGAUCCAGGAAUACUGUCUAAAUACCGUUACUUACGGUACCAAAAGCGCAUCGUAUCUGGCGACAAAAUGUGUACAGCAGCUUCUGCUCUCCCAUCAAGGGCAAUUUUCGGAUGCAGUUGAGAAGGCUAUCAAGGGGAUUUACGUCGACGACUUACUGACGGGUGCUGAUUCUGCUGAUGAAGCCAAGCAACUUCGACAAGAGCUUUCCAUCAUCUUUUCUGCCGGAGGAUUUCACCUGCGGAAGUGGGCUUCUAAUAGCAACGAAGCCCUAGAAGGUGUUCCUGAGGCAGACCUUGAAAUGAAAAUUCCCAUCGAGCUCAACGAACCCAACACCAUCAAGGCCCUCGGGAUCCACUGGCAGCCGUGCAGUGACGAAUUCCUGUUCAACGUCCAACCACCCAAGAUCCUUCAGCCCACAAAGCGCAUCAUUCUCUCCAACAUCGCCAGCCUUUUCGACCCACUCGGUCUGCUUGCGCCUAUCAUCAUCAAAGCGAAGCUACUGAUGCAACAUUUGUGGGAACUGACUGGACUGGACUGGGAUGUUAUUCCCCCUGGUGAGUUGACUAAUAUCUGGCAAGUUUUCGUGCAAGGUCUGGCCUUUCUCAACUCCUUUCAGGUUCCGAGACGAGUUAUCGGCACUAACAGGACGUCGCGAAUUUUCCUGCACGGCUACAGUGAUGCAUCCGAGCGAGCCAUGGGUGCCUGCAUUUACAUCCGGGCGAUCGACGAUGCUGGGAAUAAUAGUUCGCAUCUACUCUGCGCAAAGUCCAAGGUUGCGCCAAUUGGAAAUAAACGAACGACGCUGCUACGUUUGGAGUUAUGUGCUGCAGUGAUCCUCGCACGACUCAUCAACAACGUAACAAGCGCCAUCAAUCAACCUUUCUUCGAGAUACGAGCUUGGGUGGAUUCAAGUGUUGUGCUUGCCUGGCUCAACGACGGUGCUUCCCGCUGGAAAACCUUUGUUGCCAACCGGGUGGCAUAA